AUGACGGCCAACUACACGGGCGGCGGUCUCGUCGGCCACAGGAAGGCCAAGCGGCGCGUCCGCCAGGACGUCACGGACACACCUGCGUACACCGCCGUCGCCAAGCAGGCCUACCACGCCCGGCCCGGCCCGCUCCUCGCCCACCACUCGGCCGCGCACCAUCUCGGCGCUCGCAGAAAGGGCCACCCGCUCGCGGCGCCGACGUUCGACUUUGCCUUCCUCCGCGACAAGCAGGACGACGGCGGCUUGAAGGCGGCGCCCUCGGCGAGCGGGACGAGGCGGGCAGGCGGCGAGUCGCGGUGGGGAGGGGGCGAGUCGAGGUGGACGACGACGGCGGCGCCGGCCACGGACACGGCGGUCGGCUCCACCUUCCUGCGCCGACAGCUUCUCGCCGACCCCGACUGGGUCGGGCUGCAGUCGAUCCCGCGCCCUCAGCCCGCGUUCCUCCCUUUCAGCAAACCCACACCUCCGACAACGUCGCAACCUCGCCUCCCUUCGCGACUGCCCGACCCGCACGCUUGGACCCGCCGCGACGAGGUCGCACCGACCAUCCUGCGCGGCUCGUCGAUCCUGCACGGCGACAACGACGACGUCUCGUCCGCCGGUCUCGCCGACCUGCCGCGGUCGACACCGCCUUCGUUCCUCCUGUCGCGGACGACGUCGCUCGACGCAGCAUCGGCCGCAGCACGCUUUCGGACCGCGUCGCCCGUCGGGCCCAGGGCAACUCGACCGCAAGGCUCGCCCUCGCCUCCCCGCCAGCAGACGCCGUUCGUCUUCCACCACGACGAUGCCGACGACUCGUUCGACCAGCACGCCAUCGUCCAACAGCCGCAGAAGCCGCAGCACGGCCAAGACGAGCACGAGAUGCUCUCCUUCUCCAGCUCGACGCACGACUCGGCCUUCGGCCCUCGACUUUCUGCGCAAGCCUACGCCGACCAGUACGCCGCACACGUCGACGACGACCAGCUCGGCGCUGCUGCGUCUGGUCUCGCAUUGCCGUCGCCCAUCCUCGCCCAUUCGACCGCGCCCUCGCCCGCUCCGCCUCGCGACAGCCCGCAGCCCUACGGCCACCUCUCGCAUCUGCACGACCCGUCGACGCUGCACCUCGCCGACUCGCUCGACUUCCCCCUGAUCGACGACGGCGACGACGUCCUCGUCGUGCACGAGCGCAUGGGCCUCGGGUGCGUCGGCCUCAGUCGCGCGCAGGCGGCCGAGCUCGUCGAGCGGGAGCUGGCGCUCAGAGGGGCGGGGGUCGGGGUGGUGCCUGAGUGGGCAUGGGGCGACGGCGAGGUGAGCGAGGGCGAGGGGUGGGAGCAGGACGAGGGAGAGGGCGGGACGGGCGACGCGAGCGGGGAGGACUCGGCGGCGACGGACCCGCCGCGCGCGCUCGUCGGCGCCACCGCCGCCGCGCCGGUCGCCGCUUUCGACCGCGCGUCUCUCGGCGCCGUCGUUCCGACCAUCGUCGUCCACCCGAGCUACGCCGCCGUCGUCCUCGACUCAACGCACCCCGACUCGCCGACGCCUCCCGUACCCGGUCGGUGGCGCAGCAGGCGGGACGGUCAGGAGACGGGCAUGCUGUUCGCGAUGGACGACCUGAGCGGCGUCAUGGAGCCGUAGCGGCGGCGGAGCGAGGCGAGGAGGACGGCGAGGAGGAGCGAGCUUGCAACGAGGACACUUUUGCGUCG